AAAUACAAAGCCAUUCUGCAAUAAAUAAAAGAGAAAGCCUGAAAAUACCAACUAUUGAUAAAAAUUCAAAGACAACUGCUAUUAAUGAAAACCCCAGAGGAACUAUUAUUAACAAAAAAUGUAAAACAUGCAAGGAACCAUCUUGA